AUGCCCAUGGCGAAAAGAAAGGCGGUCGAGAUAGUCGAUCUCACCGGCGACGAUGAUGAUGCCAACGGACCGGCACACUCCAAGUACUCCCGAUCAAACUCGUCCUUGUCGACCGCGCAGGCCCGUGGGUCUCUCCCAACACCACCCUCGUCUAGCCAGCCCGGACAGGGACACUAUGCCGCUGGACUUGCCCGCUCCAGCCAGCCGACUUCGACACACGGCAAGACAGAGCGCGAAGGCUGGCUGACAUCCACUCAGGACGAGGAGGCCGACAUUGCCCGAGAGAUCGAUCUGACGCAGGAUUUCGACGACGACGUGUAUGAGAACUAUCAACUGUACGGGAUUCUCAACACCAAAAUUGUCGGAUGUCGGUUUUACGACGGCCGAGCAACUGUGGGCGAGUAUGUGCGAGUCCGUCGCGAACCAAGCAACCCCUACGACAGCAAUGCCAUCCGGAUCGACAACGUCCUCCGCGAGCAAAUCGGCCACAUUGGACGCCAGGUCGCUGCAAAGCUGGCGCCUCUGAUGGACGCUGGCUCGCUGCUGAUCGAAGGUGCGCUGACGGGACCUAAAACGUUCUACGACUGCCCCAUCGGUCUGAAAUUGUUUGGCACGAGCGACCCAGUGGCCAGUGCCGCGCUCUGCCGCCAGAUGCAGGACCUGCGGCUGCCGGUAGGCGACUUUUUGCGCGCGGACAAGCAGCGAAAGAAACGCAUGCAGGAGCUGGAGAAGCAGAGAAAGGCUAGGGAAAAGGCUGCUGCGGCCAUGCAGAAACGGGGCAAUGCUGUAUUUGACCAUGAAGGUCCUAACCGAUACAGCAACCUGAACACGGCGCCUGGCAUAGGGAGCAGUCAGUGGACAGAUACCAUGGACCAACUCCUCGACGGGACAGCCACAUUCAACCCUCGUGAUGUGCAGGACGUGGUGAACAAACUCGGAUCCGGUGAGGACGUGCUGGAGAAAAUGCCCUUGGCAGAGCAGCCACGGCAGCUGGCCACCGUGUUACUACCAUAUCAGAGACAAGGCCUGAAAUGGAUGCUGGAUCACGAAUCGCCACAGCUGCCCAAGGACCGCGAUGAUGUUGUGCAAAUGUGGAAGAAGGCGGGAACCGUCUACACCAACAUCGCCACGAAUUUCUCCUUCAGCAAGGCGCCAGAGCUUGCAAGUGGUGGUCUACUCGCCGAUGACAUGGGACUCGGCAAAACCAUCCAGAUCAUCUCCCUCAUCGUCGCCGACCCGCAUAAGAACGGACAGCCCACACUCAUCAUUGCACCGCUCUCUGUGAUGAGCAACUGGAGCCAGCAAGCAGCGCUUCAUGUGAAGAACAAAUACGCACCGCGAAUCCUAAUCUAUCACGGCCAAGGAAACACAGAUCUACCACCAGGACAACUGAAAGAGUUUGACAUUGUCAUCACGACCUACCAGACAAUGACACGCGAGUUGUUUUCAUAUGGCAGCUCGAAACCGAAGUCGACACCGGCCGCGAGGGGCCUGUUCUCUAUGGCCUGGCGACGGAUCGUACUGGAUGAGGGCCAUCAGAUCCGCAAUCCCAAGUCCAAAAUGUCCCAGGCUGCGUGCACACUUGUCGCGCAAUCCCGAUGGAUCUUGACCGGGACGCCCAUCGUCAACAAUCUCAAGGAUCUAUACUCGCAUGUCAAGUUCUUGCGUCUAUCAGGUGGCUUGACGGAAUUUGAGAUCUUCAAUUCCACAUUGAUUCGGCCACUUAAGAACGGCGAGAAUGGGGCUCGCUUACUUCUACAAGCCCUUAUGUCAACCUUGUCUCUUCGCCGGAUGAAGGAUAUGAAAUUCAUCGACCUCAAGCUUCCAGAGAUCACCUUCCACAAGUACGCCAUCAAAUUCUUACCUCAUGAACAAGAACGAUAUGAUGCUUUCAAGAGCGAGGCCAAGGGUUUAGUGGAGGCAGCAAAAGCAAAGAAGGGCGACAACACCAUGACCCACCUUCUGGAAGUUCUUCUCCGACUCCGCCAGACUUGCAACCAUUGGAAGAUGUGUGGUGAGGACAGAGUCAAGAAAUUGCUCGAGCUAGUGGAGGGCGAUGUGGCGGUGGACGUAAUGAAUCCUGCAAAUCGCCGGGCUCUACAGGACGUAUUGCAGCUCCAGAUUGACUCCCAGGAGGACUGCUGCGUUUGCCUCGACUCGUUGAAAAGUCCAGUGAUCACGGCCUGCGCCCACGUGUUCUGUCGAGACUGCAUCGAGAGGGUGAUUGAGAGGCAGCACAAAUGUCCCAUGUGCCGUGCCCAAUUGGCAAACAACGACCAACUCGUUGAACCCGCGGCUGGGAUCGGGGAAGGUGACGAGCUAGAUCUCGAGAUCGACUCUGAUACAACGAGCAGCAAGAUCGAGGCCCUCGUCAAAGUCCUCAAGGCGUCAAAAGCUGAUUCGGAGGUCAAGACGGUGGUGUUCUCACAGUGGACGUCUUUUCUGGAUCUGGUGCAGACACAACUUGUUCAACAGGGGUUGAGUUUCACGCGACUGGAUGGCAAGAUGAACUCGGCGCGCCGAGACGCCGCGAUCGAUUCUCUCAACUCCGACCCUUCAUGCAAAAUCAUGCUCGCCUCUCUGUCCGUCUGCUCCGUCGGACUCAAUCUUGUUGCGGCCAACCAAGUCAUACUGGCGGACUCUUGGUGGGCGCCCGCGAUUGAGGAUCAAGCAGUCGAUCGUGUCCAUCGGCUGGGACAGACCCGAGCCUGCAAAGUGAUCCGCCUGGUAGUCGAGGGCACGAUUGAAGAUGAGGUCUUAGAGAUUCAGACGCAGAAGAGAAAACUCGCUAGCGACGCGUUUGGGGAGAGGAAAGAGAAACAACGGCACGAGAUGCGUGCAGGCACGUUGAGGGAUAUUGAGAGACUGUUAGCAUGA